AUGGAAGACACAUCGUGGCCUUUCGAAGCGAGCACCUCCGUUAGCGGGGGGACCCCAGGAGACACUACAUUAGGUGUCUCUUCUCUUCUUUCUUCUGAUGUAGGGGGGGUCCUUUCUACUGCUGCUGCUGCUUCUUCUUUCCCUGCUUCUUGGCAAGACAAUAUACCUUCUGAGAGCGCAUCUCUGGUUUCGUCCUCCACGAAGCAGCGGCGGCAGCAGCAGCGACUGCAUGCAGAUGGCCUCAACCCGCAACAGCAGCAGCAACUGCUGCUGAUGUUGCAGCAGCAAAGAGCAGCAGGGGAUGUAGGAUCUCCUGCUAAAGGGAGAUAUCUAGGCCCAGUAUUGGCAUUCCUUGGGUCGUUGUUGUUUGUUGCUGCUGCGCUGCAGCUGCAGCAGCACCGGCUAAGGGAUCUGCGGGGGCCCAUGUUGCAGCAGCAGCAAACGGGGCCCCCUUAUUCUGCUGCUGCAGUAUUCAAGUGGCUUGACAGCCCCCUUCUUACUGCACCAGAGAAUACCCCUGAAGAGGACCAAAUCAGCUUCCUUCGACAGCAGCAGCAGCAGCAGCAGCAGCAGCAGGAACAACAGCAACAGCAACAGGAACAACAGCAGCAACAGUAUCAACAGCAGCAGCAACAGGAACAGCAACAGCAUCAGCAGCAGCAGCAACAGCAACAGUAUCAACAGUAUCAACAGCAGCAGCAAGACCCGCAGCAACAACAACAGGAGCAGCAGCAGAAGCAGCAACUGCGUGCAAGUCUUGAGGCAUUUAGAGCAGCAUGGGAAGCUGCUCCUGAUGGUGCUCGCAGCAUGCUGUCUAUUUUUGAUCUCGAAGAUGGGGGGGCCCCCGGGGGCCCCCCAAUGGGGCCCCCUCAGGACCCUUUGGGUCCUUUUGGGGAAUAUAUUGAGUCCCUAUUGAAUGAUAAAUCUCCUACUGUUGCAGAGCAGCAAGACCCUACCAACACCACCACCACCACGAGCAGCAGCAGCAGCAGCAGCAAGAUUAGGACUAUGAAUGUACUAAAAGGGGUACUAGAUUCGUUAAGAGUUCGUAUGGAUGCACUAAUUGAAUUGGAGAAAAUAAGUAAGGAGGCAAUUGGUGUGGCUCUUCCCCCUGAGGAUAUGUUAGAGAGAGAGAAGGUAGAUCUAGUCCCUUUUUCUUUCUUUAUUGACCUACUUAGGAGUCCCUCUCCCUUGCUACCACCAGAUGCACAAGUAACAGCACAUGCAUCAGCAGCAGCAGCAGUUGCUGCUGCUAAUGAGGCAGCAGCAGCGGAAGAUGCAGAGGGGGAAGGCCCUAGGGGCCAAGUACCCAGGGUACUAUCUCUUGCCCUAGCUAGGGGGAUACAGCUGCUAGCGUUGCAGGUGCAUGCAGAUGAGGCAGUAAGGACUGCUUUGGCAGCAGCACUAGAGGAGGAAGACAGCAGCAGCAGCAGCAGUAGUAGUAGUAGUAGUAGUGGUAGCAGCAGUAGCAGUAGCAGCAGCAGUACUGGCAGCAAUGGGGGGCCCCCACAGCUGCAAAAAAUUACGCCGGGGCCCUACACACUUCUUGAUGAAAGUGCUAAAGGAAUGGGGGCCCCCAAGGAUGAGAUAAACACGCAGGGCUUGCGUCACGUGCUGCGGUUGCUGCAGCGGAGGAGGCGUAUAGGGUCUCCUGAAACUUAUAAGGCUGGUACCCCAUCUGCUGCUGCUGCAGCAGCUGCUGCUGCAGUAGCUAAAGAAGCAGCAGCAAACUGGAGUGUUAAAGGACUACUUGGGCUAUACGUACAGCUGUGGGCAACGCAGCUGCAGCGAGCAGCAGAUGUCACGCAAGCGCGACGAGCAGUAGAGGGAGCAGCAAGGCGCAGCAUCAGCAGCAACAGCAGCAGCAGCAACGGAGUUGGUAUGACCAGUGCUGGUUGGAUGCUGGCAGCAGCUCUCCUCUAA